AUGUUAUUCGAACAAAUACUACUUGGUAAACCGAUUCAACCAGGAAAAAAAAAUCUAUUUCCAACUGAUAAUGAAUAUCCAACUAGUGCACACGGUAUUCUACCACGACAAUUAGCAUCAUGUGAACAUAAAAAACAAAAACAACCGAAAAAAUCUGAAGAUCAACAACAGAAAAAUACGGAUGAUCAAAAACAAUCGCAACAAGAAAAGCAAACCAUCCGUAUGACAGAACAUUCAUUGUGGUUCGACAAUGAAGAAAACGUGACAGAGGAUGAUUAUUGUCAAAACAGUCAACAACAAGAGCUAUUUGAAACAUUUAUUCAAACACAAGUUUUAGAUUAUAAUCAAUCGACAAAAGCAAAAUACGUAAGAAUUUUAUUCAAGAUUUGA